UGCUGCUACUGCUGCUGCAGCAGCUCAUUCCGAUUCUGUUUGCUCUGGGAACAAAAACAACAGCAACUACUCCAACAACAUCCGCGCGGGGUCACAGUUUUUUGCUGCUCAGCAGCGCUCGCAAUUGCACUCGUCGCAUAAUGGGUCGAGACAGGUCCAAUUGGGGGCUCGGGCUUCCUCUUCAUUGACAUCGACGGGUCAGAUGGAUAUACGAGAUAUGUUUGGUGGGCAGGUUCGCAAACGAGGAUACCCUGGGGAUGUGAGCGAUGGCAGUGGUGGUGGUGGUGUUGCAUCGGGUGCGAUUGGGAUGAAGAAAGCGAAGGUGCAGACGGGGUAUAGCCCUGACUGGGCUACAGAGAUAGCACCAGCAGCAGCGGCAGCAGUAACGACGACAACAGCAACAGAAAGAGCUGUGUCUGCGCCGGCCCCCAUAACCACUUCCUUCAAAUCUCAUCCCACACCUACACCUACACCUACACCUACACCUACACCUUCCAUCCCCUCGACGAGCACGACCACGAUCAAAAACCCAACAACACAAACACCCCCCUCAACGACACCUGCAACGACCCCAUCUACCUCACGCGAAACUGUACCGUCAGCCCUUCAGACCGCACCCAUGAACAACAAAAAGAUCUUCACUUCCCUCACCAUCCACAUCAACGGCCAAACAACCCCUCUCAUCUCGGACCACGCUCUCAAGCGCCUCCUAGUCUCUCAAGGGGCCACCCUCAACCUCUCCCUCUCUCGGAAGAUUACGCAUGUCAUCAUCGGAGUCCCCAAUGCGGGACCGGGCAACGGCGGCGCGGGAGGUGGACUCGCCGCUAGCAAGAUCCAGAAGGAGCUCCAGCGCGGAGGAUGGAAGGGAGUGAAGAUUGUGGGGGUCCAAUGGGCUUUGGAUAGUAUCAAGGCUGGGAAGCGGCUCUCAGAAGGUAGAUAUGCGGUUCAAUUAGGAGAGAGGCAGAGGAGUGUGCUUGGGUUCUGCUCCCCGACAUCUGCAGAGGGUUUAUGAUACAUGCAUACACGAUUGCUCCUGCAAGACAUUCCUAGAUUCGCAUUGACUAUGACUCCAUUCACCACUUGACUUUGAAAGAUAC